CUCCCAUCUGCAAUCUAUUUAUCUGUCUAGGAAGUAGGUCGGCCUCACAUCUUCUCCAUCUUCUUCUUCCAAGGAGCUGCUGUUUUCAACUUUCGCUUUUUAUUCCUUGCUCAAUAGAUAAAGUUAGUUUUUUUUUCCGGGAUCAAACAGAGAUAUUACGUAAUUACCCAUUAAAACAGGGAGACGAGAUUAUAUAUGGCGACGGUGCUUCAUCCAGUCUCCAACACUUUACCACCCACAGCCACUACCAUUACCUCCAAAUCAAUGGCCUAUAAGGAAGUCGAAUCAUGCUCAACAAUGGCGGAGCUUAAUGAGGUCCAUGCACAAACCAUAAAGCUUGGUCUUUCAAGUGAUAACAAUGCAAUGGGCAGAGUUAUCAAGUUCUGUGCUAUAUCUGAAUCAGGAGACUUAAACUAUGCCCUCAAAGUGUUUGACACUCUGCCUGAACCAGACACCUUCAUAUAUAACACUAUUAUCAGAGGGUACUUAAAAAGAGGGCUUCCUAAACGUGCAAUUGUUUUUUACUCCCAGAUGUUGAUGACCUCAGUCUGGCCUAAUAGCUUUACUUUCCCUCCGCUAAUCCGAUGUUGUUGUCUCACCAAUAUGACCGGAGAAGGAAAGCAGAUACAUGGUCACGUGAUAAAGUUUGGUUUUGGGUCUGAUGGGUUUUCCCAGAACAAUCUGAUUCACAUGUAUGGAAAUUUCAAUUGCUUGGAAGAAGCCAGGAAGGUGUUUGAUGGGUUGCCUUGCAAAGAUGAUGUUGCUUGUACAACAUUGAUAAGUGGGUAUGCACAGUGGGGGCAUAUUGACGAAGCUUCAAGUGUUUUUGAGUCAAUACCAGAGAAAAAGAAGAACUCCAUUUGUUGGAAUGCCAUGAUUUCAGCAUAUGUCAAGAAUGACAGAUUUCAUGAGGCAUUUGCUUUAUUUGAGAGGAUGCGAGCUGAGGGCGUGCCAGUUGAUAAGUUUGUUGCUGCAAGCAUUUUGUCAGCCUGUGGAGGACUAGGAGCUUUAAAGCAAGGGGAAUGGAUCGUGGAACACAUCAAUAAAAGCAACAUUAAUGUCGUGGAUGACUCCAAGUUGGCUAAUAAGAUCAUUGAUAUGUACUGCAAGUGUGGAUGUUUGGGUAAGGCAUUUAAUUUUUUUAAUGUUCUGCCAAGGAAAGGGAUAUCUUCCUGGAAUUGCAUGAUUGGAGGGUUUGCAGUGCAUGGUAGAGGAAAGGAAGCAAUUGAUCUUUUCAAAGAAAUGGAAAGGAAGGGGCUUGUUCCGGAUGAUGUUACCUUUGUGAAUGUACUCAGUGCAUGUUCUCAUUCAGGGUUGAUUGAAGAAGGGAAGUUUUACUUUGAUUAUAUGAACACAACCUACAAGAUUGAGCCUAGGGUUGAGCAUUACGGAUGUUUGGUUGAUAUGUUCGGAAGAGCCGGAUUACUAAAUGAAGCAAGCAGAGUUAUAGAGCAAAUGCCUUAUAUGAGUAGUCCGAAUGUAGGUGUCAUGGGUGCCCUUCUUGGUGCCUGUAAAAUCCACAAUGACAUCGAUUUAGGUGAGCAGUUCGGUCGGACAGCGAUUGAGUUGGAUCCUCACAAUAGUGGCCGCUACAUUUUGCUGGCUAAUCUAUAUGCCAAUGCUGGUAGAUGGGAAGAUGUUGCUGAAGUGAGAAAGCUGAUGAAUGACAGAGGGGUGAAAAAGUCUCCAGGCUACUCGAUGAUUGAAGUGGAGGGAGGUGUGGUUGAUGAGUUCAUUGCAGGAGGAAUAACUCAUCCCCAAGCCCAGGAAAUAUAUGCUAAAGUUAAUGAAAUGCUCAACAGAAUUAGAUCUGAAGGCUAUGUUCCUGAUGAAACAGAUGGUGUGUUACUUGGUAUCAGUGAAGAGGAGGAAAUGGGAAACCUGAUAACGAACUACCAUAGCGAGAAAUUGGCAAUUGGGUUUGGAUUGUUGAAGACUAAACCUGGCGAAAUUAUUCGGAUCACUAAAAAUCUGAGAGUUUGUAGAGACUGUCACAGUGUUAGCAAGCUAGUAUCGAAACUCUACGAUCGAGAAAUCAUUGUAAGGGAUAGGAAUCGGUUCCAUCAUUUCAAAGGAGGAGAGUGUUCUUGUAAUGACUACUGGUAAAGAACUGGAAUGUUUAUCUUCUUUGAAUCUGAAAUGUAUCUUUUAUAUAUAUAUAUACAGAAAAGAUCAG